UCUCCUUCUACUCUUCCUGUUCCAGAUCCCGCACCUGUGGUUUCUUCGAGAAUUUGAAUCGACGGCGUGAUUAUGGGGAAACAGAGCAAGUCGAAGAAGACGGAAAUAGUAGGUAAGGGGAAGGUAACGCCAGUUCAGAUCGCCUUCAUUGUCGAUCGCUACCUUUCUGACAACGGCUUUGCUAAAACGCGAACCACUUUCCGCUCCGAAGCGGCCAAUCUGAUUUCCAAGUCGCCCGUCGAAGAAGCUCCGAAGAGCUUGUUGAGUUUGGGGGCGAUUUUGGACGAGUACAUAACGUUGAAGGAGCAUAAAGUUUGGGUGGAGCAAGAACGAUGCCGUUUAGAACAGGAGAAGCUGCGGGUACAGAAUUUGCUUAGCGGAUUGCAGGAUGCAAUGAAUUCUUACAAUGCCAGCGGGAACAACGUUGUUACUCCUCCCCCACCACUGCCUCCACCUGUUGCUCCGUCCGGAUCUACGGUUUCUCAGGCUGAGCGUGUUGCUCUGACACCCGCAGGCUCCUAUGCUAUGCACACGAGUCCUGCAAUCAUGUCUACAUCGAAGCCCUUGAACACAAAUAGGGAUCCUACUGUUUUUUCGACUCCAAUUAUGUAUAAUACAACCACCAAAAGAAAAGGCACUAGAGAUGCCUCAAACGCUCCUGUUAAUUCUAAGAGAUCUCGAAGGAGUAUACAACCCAAAGAUGCCAACCUAGUUGCACAAACAAGUAAUUCAGGGAUGAAUCAAGAAAAGUUUCAGAUGAGUUCUGAUGUCCAAAUUAUUGCCUAUAGUAAUGCCUCUGCCGGGGCACAGGUCCAUGGUUCUAAUGUUGUUAAGCGUCUGUUCAAUAAAGAAACUGAUUCUCCUUCUCCGACAACUAAUACCUCUGUCCCUAAAACACCUCCGCUGGCAUCUUCACAAACUGAAAAGUCCAGUUCUCCAAUUGACAUUUGUUCGGCUGGAACUUCCAAUAAUGGCGUGCCUCAACAGAUUGUGUCUGCUAACCGUACAAUAAUCUCUUCUGAGACAAUCAGAGUUAGUCCUACUAAGCAAGUUUCAUACUAUACGAUCGAGAAAAGCAGCAUUUCAGCAUGCUCGCCUCUAAAAAAAUGCUCACCACUUAAGAGGUCUAAUGUGAAGGAUCAUGUUAAAGGCAGGCUGGAUUUUGGUACCUGUGAAAUGCCGGCGAUCACAGAGAACCAAAUGUCUGACUAUAACACAUCUGAAUCUGAAAAGGAAGGGAACAUUCUUGACCUGGGUUUUGGAGAUUUGGAUACUUUUGAUUUGGACUUCAACUUCUCAGAGUUUCUAGAAAAUUUUGAUCUUGGAACUGAUGGGAUGUGCUUGUCUUCGGAGCAAGGUCUAGCUUCUUCACCAGAUUCUAUCUCAGGGUCACCAUCUACAACAGGAAAUCCUGAAAUGAAUACUACACCAUUCUCCUCAAACAUGACAGGAAUGUAUGCAGAUGAAGGCAUAAAUUUUGCAGUUGCAGGGCCAGAGUCAAUUGAAGCUUUCCAGUCUGUCACAAAAUGCAUAAGAAUUGUUAGUCCUGUUAAAAGCAAGAGGUGCAAUUUGGAUCAGUGAACCAUGGCCUGAUAGCAAGUUAGCAAUUGACUAGGGAUACUUCAAAUGACCCUUUUAGCUGAAGAAAUACACAAACAUUGGCAACCAACAUUAUAUACUCAAUUAUUUCAUUUCUUCCAGGCCCAGAAUUGCUAGUACUAAUGUAUUUUUUAGUGUAUUUUGUAAAAUAAAUUAAUUUAAAUUUAUCUCCUUGUUAUAUAGGUUGUAACUUGUAACCAUAGUUGGGGUUUGUUAUACAAGAGUAUGUAGGAAAGGAAACCAAUGUUUUGCUGACUAAUGAUUAAUG